UGCCACUGCGAGGAAGUGGAUCUGAGCCGCUGCUUCAGUUCUCAUCUUCUGGCCUCCAGAUCGGACGGUAGUCCUCCGCGUUGCCCUCCGAAACGGAGGAGGCAAGAUCUCGCGCUGCACUCGAAGAGGAAUGCUUCAGAACGGAAUUUUCGCCUCAUUUUCACCUGGAGAACCUCAACUCGAAUGUGCCCCGCCUCUCACUAGUCUUCUAGAGCCCCGGAACGCGUUCUUAACCUCGAGAAAUACGGAACUGCUGGCUCAAUGAAUUUUCUGCGAAUCGGGGCCAAAUUGAUUGCCUCGGAAAGGGAUCCGGCGUAUGGGCAAUAUAAAGCACAGGGCACGCACAACCUGGGCGCAUUGUCCUACGCUCGAACAUUGUUUGCACGAGCCCUCGGCUUUCGUCAUGUCGGCCCCGUCUGCAAAGUAUACCCAGCUCGGCAAGAGUGGCUUACGAGUAUCUGUUCCUAUCGUCGGUGCUAUGAGCUACGGAAACCCCAAGUGGGCGGCAACGGACAAGUCAAUGCAGUGGGUUCUGGACGAGAAAAGGGCUCUACCCAUCCUGAAGGCCGCUUGGGACCGUGGAAUCAACACCAUCGACACUGCGAACGUGUACUCGAACGGCGAUUCGGAGCGCAUCAUCGCCCAUUUCAUCGAGAAAUACCGAAUUCCCCGCGACGAGAUCGUCAUCCUCACCAAAUGCUACGCCCUCGCCGCGAAGGGCGCAGACCACGACGUAUUCACGCCAACCCAGUACCAUGUCAUGCGCCAGCGCAAGGAGUACGCCAAUGCCAUGGGCCUUUCCCGCGCCGCCAUCUUCAACGCCGUCGAGGCCUCGCUCGCGCGGCUCAACACCACGUACAUCGACCUCUACCAGAUCCACCGCUUCGACCCUGACACACCGCCCGAGGAGACGAUGAAGGCCCUGCACGACCUAGUCCGGUCCGGCAAGGUGCGCUACAUCGGCGCGAGCUCGAUGAGCACCUGGCAGUUUUCCCUCCUCAACCAGGUCGCGGAGAGGCACGGGUGGACGAAGUUCGUGAGCAUGCAGGAUGAAUAUUCGCUGUUGUACCGCGAGGGGGAGCGCGAGAUGAUAGCCUACUGCAAGUACCACGGCAUCGGCCUGAUACCGUGGGCUCCUCUGGCUGGCGGCGCGCUUGCUCGACCACUGGGCUCUGACGAGACGCCUCGCUUGCGAUCGACCUCCUACUACGGUAUACGAAAGCAACACGAGGUGGACGCCGAGAUCAUCAAGCGUGUCGAGGAGAUCGCUCAAAAGCGCGGCUGGACCAUGUCUCAGGUCGCGCUCGCAUGGGUUGCGCGCACCGUGUCUAGCCCGAUUGUUGGCUUCAACUCUAUCAAGCGCGUGGACCAGGGCAUCGUGGAUGGCGAGCUGACCGAGGAGGAAGUCAAGUAUCUGGAAGAGCCGUAUGUCUUCUAAAGGCAUCCCCACCGUCCUAUAGAAUUUGACUUUCUCCUAGGUACCAGCCGAAGCCCGUUCGCAGCUUGAGGGCUCAGCCUACCUGGACGAGCGCGUAGGAUUCUAUUUCGACCACGGCAGGAGAACAUUGAAAUUUCAGAGAAAUGGAAAGAAGAUGGGCGCGAGGA